AUUGCGUGAUAUGCACUCAGACUCAAGCGCUUAAGCCUUUAAGAAUUAGUUCAACCUUCUAUUUUUCCAAAUAUUAAUUUUCAGCUCGAGCUUUAUGUUUAGGACCAUCAGCGAUAUCAAGGACAAACUCUACCGCAAGUUGGGGGUAUGGCCACCUCCAGCCUUAUCUGGGAUGCAGCUUGGUCCUGAUGGUAGUGCGCAAAAUCCUAUGAUGCUCCAAUUUUUCACUUGGGAAUCGAAGCAUGAAAAUAUGAGCUGGUGGAAACACUUUGAGCAAGAGAUUCCUCGGUUGGCAGAAUUGGGUUUUACGCAGAUAUGGCUGCCCCCUCCAAACAAAGCAAUGAAGAAGGGCGGACAAGGUUACGAUGCUUAUGACCUAUGGGAUAUAGGUGAAUUCGACCAGAAGGACACCAUUGCGACUAGGUGGGGAACCAAGGAUGAAUUGCUUCAGGCCUGUGCUGUGGCAAGGCAACAUGGAAUUGGAGUCGUUAUUGAUGCCGUGUUAAAUCACAAACUCGGCGCUGAUAGGUGCGAAGCUUUCUCCGCCGUCCCCGUUGACCCGACGAACAGGCUUAAGGACCUUGGGAAAGAAAGGCAAAUUCAAGGAUGGACCGUCUUCGACUUCCCCGGAAGAAAAGGAAAGCAUAGCAGUUUCGUGUGGACACAGGAACACUUCACUGGGUUGGACUGGGAUCACCAAUCACGAACCAAUGGCGUGUUUCGCAUCACAGGUAAUGGGCACAGGGGAUGGUCGAAGUGGGUAGAUAAAGAACUUGGGAACUAUGAUUACUUGCUUGGAGUUGAUAUUGAUCAUCGACACCCACGAGUUCGGCAGGAUCUAUUCUCAUGGGGAUCGUGGAUUCUAGACACCACCGGCGGUAGCGGAUUUCGACUGGAUGCAAUCAAACACAUGGACAGACGAUUCCUUCUUGAAUUUAUCAAAAGAAGUCGCGAACAUCCAGAUAGAAGAAGGCUUUUUUCAGUGGCAGAAUAUUGGUCCGCAAAUUUGCAGCUGAUUUUGCCUUAUGUUCAGGCAUUCCAGGGUCAAACGGCCUUUUUUGACGUCCCACUGCACGAGAAUUUUUUUCGAGCAAGCAAAGCAGGUUCUGGCUAUGACCUGAGGACCAUAUUUGACAACACUCUCGUGAACGUUAGACCCGGGGAUGCUGUUACAUUCGUCGACAACCACGAGUUACAGGUUGGACAGUCGCUGGAAAGUUGGGUGGACACAAACUUUAAACUUCAGGCAUAUGCAUUGAUCUUGUUACGAAAAGAUGGGUAUCCGUGCGUUUUCUACGGAGAUCUAUAUCCCAAUCAGGAGUGCUACAACGAGACAGUCUCAAGACAGCUGCAGCAACUGCUGAUAGCUCGGAAAAUUUUCGCCUAUGGUCCAACGAGGGACUACGUCGAAAAUAGCAACUGCAUUGGAUUCGUGCGAGCAGGAAAUUCCUUAUAUCCGGGAUGCGCUGUGGUUGUAAGCAAUGCGACCAGAAGUAGCUUGGAAAAUUUGGUACAAUAUAUUCGUAUGAACGUUGGAUUGGAACAUGGAGGUGCAACAUAUUUCAGCUAUCUGGAAACGGGAUCUCAGAAGCAAGAAGUAGAGAUUGAUGUUGAUGGUUGGGGUUUGUUCCCGUGCUUUAUGAAUGAGGUCCAAAUAUUUAUUAAAGAUGUGGGCGUUGUCGUGGAAGUUAACUAGCCAAGUGUACAGUACGGUCCUUAAACGUGUCUUAAGGAACAUGAAUAUAAAACAAACAUGUACACCUAAAUAAUGCAUAAAAAUACAGAUCGUAUGGGGGUCGUGGCUUUUUUAUACUGCAACAGUAAUAGCGAUUGCGGAUUCCUCUGACUGUGAGUCUGUUUGUGAUUGCGUCCUCGAGUAGUUACGUACUCCGCUGCCUUCCUGCAGCUCGAGGUAUUCGUCUGAUGCGUCCUUU